ACUCGCCUCAUUUUUUGCAGGAAAUUCAAUUACUAGUUUUAUUUUGAAAUCCUUCAAGCAGCAAGUGCACGACACACGAAGUUACGUCACGGGCAGUCCAAGGUUACGCAACGAUGAAGCGCGUCCACACCUCGGGAUGCGAAGCAAAACUCCUUUGAGUGCGAGGCGCAGAGGACAGGAACGCGAAGUUUGUGACAUGUGAAGAUUAGGGGAAAAACAAGUGGACCGCCAUUAACGAGGAGAAUCGACCUCAGGUUUCGACCCUAACAGGUGAGUUUGGGAGUUGCUGAACAAUCCUGUUCGACUUGAGUGACGGGGACGGACAGGGAACAAAGCCCCGUUGCCAACACGGAUCGCUUCCCCUUUCCCCGGUGUGGCUGAGCGGCCAAUGCGUUCACUCUAGGAGAGCUAUGACCGAGUACUUGUUGAAAGUCUUGGUUGUCGGUGAUGGGAAUGUGGGGAAGUCGUCCUUUGUCCAUCGCUAUGUCAACGGGCAGUUCAACAAAGACUACAAGAUGACUAUGGGAGUGGAUUUCUCUAUGAAGUUGCUACCCUGGACAGACACAGAGAAAGUCAGACUGCAGCUGUGGGACAUUGCAGGCCAGGAGCGGUUCAUCUCCAUGACCAGGAUCUACUAUAAAGGCACGUCGGGCUGCGUCAUCAUGUUUGACGUCACAAACCUGGACAGCUUCCAGAGCUGCAGAGUGUGGAAGCAGGACCUGGACAGCAAGGCCAUGCUGCCGGACGGGAACCCAAUACCCUGCAUUCUUCUGGCUAAUAAGUGUGAUCUACCCUCAAGGGUGGUGUCGACCGAGUUCAUCGGUAGGUUUAGUAAGGAGAAUGGAUUUGUGGCGUGGAUGGAGACUUCUGUGAAGGACAACAAAAACAUCUCAGAGGCUAUCAGGAGGUUGGUGGAGGAGAUUCUGUCCAUGCAGUGCGACCUACAACAGACCGGUGAUGUCAAUCAUCUACUGGACCCCCAGCUGGACCCCAACACCGGGUGCUGCUGAGCAGCCCUCCUCCCACCAACAACCUGCAUAUGACUACCUUUAGGACUGCACUCUCUGGGGGCUCAUGAGCAAGGCAUCCAACUCCCUAAGCCCUGACCAGAAUCACAGACCUUACUUGACCUUACUGUGUGUGUGUGUGUGUGUGUGUGUGUGUGUGUGUGUGUGUGUGUGUGUGUGUGUGUCCAAAAUGAUAAAAUGGCACCAAAUGAUCUUCAGGAUUAAAAAAGAGACCAGAUCAAAUGUAUUAAAAAAAAAAUAUUGAGCACAUAGAGGAAUCUUGGAAGUAUUAAAAGGGAAAAUGUUUUAUAUAUCCGCUCUUUUAUUCCUAGAACCAGAUUAGAUUAUACGUGAAAGGAAGGGAAAAACUUAAAUAGCGUAUGAUGGAGUUCAGGUAUCAAACUGCAGGUAUCAGCCACUCACUAUCAGUGAAUACAAUAAAUGGAAUUUAGAAAAUGUAGUUUCCAAAUGUUCCUUCAUUGGUGAAAAUGAGUGGGGUAAACAGUGGUGACAUGUUUCUCUAGUUCUGUCCUGUGGCCCUCACUGUUGUCAAACAUUCAGUUCUCCUUUUAUACAGGAACCUGUUGCACACACAGGACUGAGCUCUACACAUAGUUUUGUUUUUAUUUGUUUGUUUUGAAUGAUCACUGCACACCUUUUAUUACUUUAUUACUGCUAAACCAUUAAAAAAAAAAAGUUGCUUUGCUUUUUUUACCUCACCUCUUUCUCUUUGUCCAUUUCGGGCUGGUCCUCUGUAAAUUAUUCUAAAAUAUCAGUGAUUCAUUGAAGACUAAGCUUACGUUCUCAUCAUUUCUGCAAUUGUAUCGUUGUAAUAGGGCUCACACUCUUUUAUUGCGAUUGUUAUUGCACUACUUUUUCCUUGUUUUCUAUAUACUGUGUGUGCCUAUAGCUUUUUUUAGUUUCCAUGUUUCCAACAUGAUUGACUGAUCAUGAUCAUGAUGACUUAAGAGAGACGGGAUCAUAUGCAUGUGGAACAAUACAUGGGACCAAGUUUAUUUGUUUAUUUUCUUCAGCAUAUUUCUUCAGUUAGUUGAUUUGUCACAGGACAUUGAUGCUGUGUCUUUUCAGGUCACUUGAUGACAUUGUUCUAUCAAACCCCUAAUAAAUGAUUUAACCUGGCAAGGUUUUAGCCCAACACAAGUAAAUGUUGAAAAUACGACAACUUACAUUAAUGGUAAUUUACUAUUCUGUCAACAUAUUGUGAGCACUACCAAAAACAGCAUACUCAAAUUGACGCUUCAAAUUAAAAGAGUCAAGACAGGUUUGAACAACUGAACAGGCAGAAGAUCUAGGUUCACCAUCGUAGUGGGGCCAUCGGCCCCACCAUGGCCCCACCAGCAGUGCAGGGCAACACCUUUCAGAUUCUUCAGUUCAAUUCAUUUCACAUUUCUGCAUUUUUAGCAAUGCUUUGCGCUUUUCAUUCAGCUGUCACUUUAUUUGCUCCCACCAUUUACAUUUUUUUAAAUGUUUUGCAUGUUUACAUUGUUUACGCCAUUUAGACUUUUGAACUCUGUUUUCUUUACGUAUUAAAUUAUGUGGCUUUAUUAAUACAUAUUUUCAACCUCA